GAAAUUUUUCUUCUGCCGCUCCGAGGCACCGCUUAUCGAUUAUGGUGGGGCUGGGGGGAACUGAGGUGGUUCUUUGCUGCGAUAAGAUUGCAGCGGGAUUGGUGGAACCCAGGGGUCUGCUGACAUAAUGCACAUGAAGCUUCCACUCUGCUGGGCUUGUCGGAACCGGUUCAAUAGGUCUUCCGAAAAACGGCUCAGCACGGACCAAGACCGGCGCAUCGCGGCUUGCUCUGUGAGCGGCGGCGACUGCAGCCCAAAAAAAAAAGCUCUCCUCCGACCCGGAAGACCUUCUUCGCGAUACCUCAUCCGCUUUUUUCCGCAGUCAUCCGCCACCUUCCAACGACGUAUCGACUAAACACGACACGAAAUUCUAGCGAUCAUGGCUUCUGUUCUUGCUAUCGGAGGCGGCGCUGCCGUCGCAGCUUUCUUGGGCCGAGCUGGUCUGGUCGCAUGGCGCCGAUCACGCGGCGGCGUUGGCGCGAUGGGCAAGGCUUUCUACAAGGGCGGCUUCGAGCCUAAGAUGAACAAGAAGGAGGCCUGUCUCAUUCUCUCCCUCCAGGAGAGCGGCGUCACUCGCGACAAGAUCCGCAAGCAGCACCGCACCCUGAUGCUCCUGAACCACCCCGAUCGCGGCGGUAGCCCGUACCUCGCAACCAAGGUCAACGAGGCAAAGGAACUGCUCGAGAAGACGACAUCUUGACAGUAGCCUUCAUCAUCACGGCGUCUGGAAAUCUGGAAAUGUAACAACAAGCACGAAAAAAACAUACGAACGUAAAACAAGAUACCGUGGGACCAACGGUCGGACGGAUGGGUGCCGCCCUCGCCUACUCAACCCCGAAUCCGGGGGACUACAUGGUUUUGUAAUUAUAGAUUGGUCGUUCUUCAUAGCGGUGGCGUUUUAUGGGCGACGACAUAGGUCUCCUCAGAGGAGUUCUAAAAAAGAGGGGGUUCGCGUAUGACUGGGCUGGGAUGGUCUGGUCUUUGGGUAUCGGGGCC